UAAUUUCCAAGCUGACUGGGCAACGAUUCAGAUGUCUAGACUCUAGAAGAAUACCAGUCUGCUCUGCUACUCUACCAUGGAGAACUCGCGGCAAGAAUCCUUCAAGCAGCUUCGCACGCCAUGUGUUGAACUGAGUUCUACUGGCCUCAAGUUUCGCGGCCGACAAGCGUCAGCCAAUGAUGUCCUUCAGGCCCUUCGUCCAGUCCAUAAUGUUCUACAGGACCUUGCAAAGAAAAACGAGUUAGAUGGGAAGCUGGCCGAAUAUGCAUUCUUUCCUCUAUCGCAUAUCUUCAACGAAACCCAGCGGAUCUCAGCGAACUGCUUGGAGCUGGCCGUUAACUGUUUACAAAUCCUCAUCGCUGAAGGAUGGCGGGAGGGACUAUCCCCGCAGAUGGGCAAGCAGCUCGUGAUCCUAUUAACGUUAAUCGUGGGCGGCACGCCUAACCAGGCCAAAACGGGCGAGACUUCAAACUCCCAGCCGCUUGAAUUGGUCGUUGCAGGAUUUGACUGCCUUUCGGCCAUAUUCAAAGUGCUAGGGGGGUCUGUCGCCGAGCGCACGAUCUACCAUGAGAUCGGUACGGCAACAAUUGUAGAUCAGACGGUAUACGUUUUAUUGGAAGGCGUCGUCGACGUCAAAUCUGACGAAAUAUGCGUCUCUGCUGCCAAUGCCCUUGAGGCACUCUACAACCGUAUCACUGAUCGGGUCGUCCUUGCUAGUGUGAUGCCGCGGACUGUCUCGGCUUUGGUAAAAGUCCUGAAGCCAUCGACACAGACACGACGCUCUUACAAGUUGCUCUGCCUGUGCCUUCAAAUUCUCACGCGCAUGUUGAGAAUAGUUCUAAAUGACCAGGUCGCAAAUGCAGCACCAGACACACUGACUCAGUCCGAGAAGGCAAAUGAUCGAAUCAUUCUUGACGAAUCUUGGCUGAAGGCUACAGCCACUCAGAUGAAGCUUGCGCUUGCAAACAUCAUUCAAAUCCGGCGCCAUGAAAGGCAAGAAGUACAGGAUUCAUUAUUGGAACUGUGCUUGAUGGUAGUGGAGGAAUGUCAGGAAACGUUACACGAGUCAACCCCUAUUGUUGUCGACACUCUUGUCGUUCUAUCAGACUUCGAAGAAGGCCAGGCACCCAACAAAGCGUUUUAUUCGUUGUCGCAUACUGCUACUGUCUACCCAGUCGUGUUGGACUCACUGAAAAACUCUCUGCAUAUCUGGAUCACUGCUUUUCCAAGAACCAUGCAAAACAAUGACGAAACGGCAAAACAAUGGGCGCUCAAACAAAUAUCCACCGCGUUCCAGAUCUUGUCUCAACUUCAGUCGGGAUCGGACAUUCUCAACAGCAGCCUUGCGUCAGGCUUAUGUGACAGUGUGGCUGCUGCAGUGAGCCAGUCGGCAAACGCUCCUCAAUUUUUGAGUCAUGACGCGUCAAAUGACCUCUCUUUGGCUCUUAAUAGUGGUAGUCAACCAAUAGACUUUGCGCCUGUGCUACUAGAGCAUAGAAGUCAGCAAAAGACACUUGGCGAUCUGCAAUCUAUGGUUCUCCGACUAAACACGUCCGAUUCUGGCGGUGAUGUUACACGUUUGGUUAUCAAUCGAAUCCACCAAGGACAUAAUAGUGUCGAAAUUGCUCCUUUUUGGUUGUCAUUGGCAUUCCUCAAAAGCAACACCCAGGCCUCGGCAGCUUUUGACGAUUUCAUAUCUUCCGACGAUGCUGGAUCUGGCUCUCUGCUUUCUACUAGGGCCAGCAUGAUCGAAGAGUUAUAUUACAUCUCGCUUCCAAUACUCAACGAACCACUUGCCGAUGAGUCUCGAGAUUGGCGAGUAUCAGCACUGGCCUUGGAAGCGGUAGCACUGCAAUCACAACAACUUCAGGAAGCGUUUCGCCCAGAGCUGAUGGAUGCACUGUAUCCUGUACUUCAGCUUCUGGCUUCCAACAACUCCAACCUCCAGAGACAUGCAAUGACCUGUCUGAACAUAUUAACGACUUCCUGCAAUUAUGAAAGCACGAGUACCAUGAUCAUUGACAAUGUUGACUACCUAGUGAACUCUGUGGCGUUGAAGCUCAAUACGUUUGAUGUUUCUCCAUACCCGCCUCAGGUAUUAUUCAUGAUGAUCAAACUGUGUGGCGUACGGUUGAUUCCCUACCUUGAUGACCUGGUGGAUUCUAUUUUUGGAAUAUUGGAUCUAUACCAUGGCUAUCCAAAACUGGUAGAGAUCAUGUUCAAAACAUUGGCCGCUAUUGUCGAAGAAGGAACCAAAAACCCGACAUUCCUUGCGAUCGAGAACGGUCAAGGGAGAUCUGCUGAUCAUCGCAAGGAACAUUACAAGAGAUUGCAUGUCUCUACCCUCGCAGAAGACAUCGCCAAUCGCAAGGCAAAGCGUGCGAAGUAUGCCGAAGAUCCAUCCGAAGAAGCUGGCAAUAUGUCCCACCCAAAACAGCCGUGGACCACGGAAUCGAAGAGCCCCGAGCAGUCGGACAAUAACAUCAACAUAGAUGAUGCAUUGGGACAAGAAGACUCCGGCGCGCCUUUACCACCCCCGCGUGAGCCAGAAGACCAAGAGAAACCCCUGAACAAAUCGCACAAUCUGCUGCUCCACAUCGUCAAAUCUAUCCCCUCGCAUCUGUCCUCGCCAUCACCUUACCUCCGACGCUCUCUACUCUCCAUCCUCAUCCAAGUUUCGCCUCUUCUCGCAGCCCACGAAAACAGCUUUCUCCCUCUCAUCAACGACGUAUGGCCCUCUGUAGCAGCACGCAUCACCUUCCCUACCUCAUUCGGACCGACAUCUUCCUCCAACUCCCUCAUGACCAAAACCCCCUCCGACGAGACCACCACCCCCAACACCAAACCCGGAUCCGAAGAGCUCGACUUCCAAGAAGAAAUCUACGUCACCACAACCGCCUGUCUCGCCAUCGAGCAAAUGUGCAAGAACGCUGGCGACUUCAUGGCCUCCCGGAUCGAAACCGAAUAUCCCCGCUGGGAACGCCUAUACCGUCGAGCCUGGGAUAAAGUCAGCGCCGACGCCGAGCGCGCAAUUGAACGACGAGCCCAGCAACAACAGAAGACCGAAACCACCCCAUCGUCCUCCCCAGGCCUUCUCACUCAGUCCCUCUCUCUAACCACAACAGGGUCUACUCCCUCCGGCAGUCGCGCCUUCACACCCCACCACAAUCUCUGGCGAUCGCUCCUCUCCCUCUUCAUCACCCUCCUCAGUCACGUCCGUCUGCCCCUUUCCACAGGGGACCAGAUCUGCGAGUUCCUAGGAGCAUGGAUUGCUCGAUACGCCGGACCAGAAUACUACAGUGUGUAUCACUUGCAGAAUGAAGGAAACCGUCCUGAGGGGCCAGAUAUCGACGCCAUCGAAGACGCCAUCCACGCGAUGGCAACCUGGAACGCGGAUUUGACUUGGUUUAUUUUCCAGGAGCAGAAGGCACAGGUGCUCGGGCUUACGGCGAAGACGAGAACGCGCCAACUGCAGAAGCCCAUGAUCGUGGAGGUUGAGGACGAGCCGUUGAAGACGUGGUCUAUGCCCGGGAGUGGGUUGAAAUUCGCGGCGUUGGCUUUUUGAGACGAUUGUGAAUAAUG